AUGAAUAGCCGGGGUCUACCCCUACGCCGUGCAGAUCUGAGCUAUCCUGUAACACCAGACUCUCCCGAUCGCGUUGUAGCAACCGAUCUCUCUGCACGGCCUAGUUCUUCCAGUAGCGAUACCUCAUCGACUUCGUCCAAUCUUACCUCCCUGAAUGUGCCCAAGCGGCCCUUCUACGGUGCAAAACCUCAAAUGUCCAGUCCUGGCUUACCGCGAUUACCGUCGGCAAGUGCCAAUAAUAGUAACACUUCACUUCCCAAUUUCUCGCGACCGUCGGGGUCUUUCAUGUCUCCGAACGAUCAAUUAUCCCAAAAAACCCUACCGCUACCUCCUCCGCAGGAAGUCCAGAAACAUAGACCGCGUCAACAUUCUCAGGGCUUUUUUGAACCUUCUCUUCCCACUGCGUCAUCAUUUGAACAAACCCCUGCGGCCAUGGCAAACCUUUCCGCAUCUCAAAUCGCCGCACAAGCUGCAAUGCAGCACCAGAAGGGUUCACAUCACGUCCGGAACCGGUCACAAUCAAGUGGACUUUUGCAGGAAAAUGUGGGGAGGAAAGUUUCCAAAGACACUACUACUCAAGCUUCUGCUGGCCACCAAUACUCAAAUGGGUUGGUUGGGGGACGCGUUCUCGCAGCAACAACUGCUGCUAAUGUUGCAUUCCCCCGAAGCCCCGGCUUUGUCCCCACAUCGCCGAUUUUCGAUCAUUUUUCGGAGAGUGGACAUAAACACAAGGGAGAGAAGUCUAAGAUGAAGAUAUUCUCGAAACCUAAACAUAUUGGCCUAUCAAGGGAUAAGGAUACAGAUAAAAACAAGCCUGUAUCAUCCCCAAACAAACUCCAAUUACCGGGCCCCAGUAGCUUGUCACGAAUGGUAAAUGCCUCAACUACCAGUCUUCAUGAAUAUUCCACCUCUGCCAACUCCUCGAUGUAUAACCUGACAAACUCGUCUGCCACAACGGUAGUCCUUGCUGACCGGCCGAUCACAGGUGAGAGAGAAAAGGACAAAGAGAAGGAGAAGGAAAAAGUUCACAAACACCACUUCCUGUCUCGACAAAAGUUAAAGUUGAAGGACAAAGAUGAUCAUUUCCAUUUGACCUUAUCUUCUGCGUUGAGUAGUUCGAAACCUCUAGAUCCCAGCGCUCCUCAGUCAUUAUACUCCUUCACACCCCAAUCACCAUCGACAUCCUUUGGCAAAUCGAAAAGUGGACUCGACUUGCGCCAUGGAGGCCGGGCUUUACGAGAGAAGAAGAAGGAAGAAAAAGCCUCUGCUGCUGCAGCUCAAGAUUUUGCAUAUCGAGAUGCAGAUGAUUGGAUGGCUAACGGGACGGUUGGAGCUAGUCCUUUAUCCAUUCAUGGGGCUCCUCUUUCACUAGGAAACGUAGCACCCACUGUGUAUGGUGGGGAGGCUUCAUUAAAAGAAGCCUUGCAAGGCUUUGGCCUUCAGAACAUGGCCCCGGAAGAUGUAUGGGACUUCCUAAAGGCGAAGCUUUUGGUGCUUUUUGAUGGUGAAGAUAUCCGCAUUGCGCUAGAGGAUCUAAAUAAGUUGGUUUCAAUACACAUACAACGCUGCGUGCUAAAAUAUAUGCCAUCUGUCAUUGUGGAGGAUCUACGAGACUUGCUGCAAACAGGAUUUACUUCUCUAAGCCACUCACUCCAUUCCGUUCCAGAUGAACGCGUUGUUCCACAUCUCGUCCAGAUGUGGCUGUUGGUAUUUGGAACGGUCCUCCCUUUCAUCCAAGCCGUGUUUCUCCCUUUGGAUCUGGAGUUUAAAGGACAUGGCUCAAUCAUGACUAAUCGCGAAGCCAAAGAGUUCUGGGGCGCAUUGCCAGACGGCGAAACUUCGAACAAGUCUGUGGGGGAUGAACUUGAUGUCCGCACCAUAGUCCUAAUCUCCUUCCGCGACUACGUUAUCCUCCCCCGCUACGAGGUCCUAAAGGCAACAUUUUCACACCUCAGUCUCGAAAGCAUCCAUGUAAAUGUCAGUGCACUCAGCACAACCUCAAACAACCGACCCAGUACCUCCUUAGCGCUCGAUUCUGGUUUUGGAAGUUACAACUCCCAAUCCUCUAUCCUCUUAACCAAUGCAGGCAGUUUCUCCUCUGACUCUGUUGCCGCCUCCAUUUCCCGUAGCCGCGCUGCAUCUAACACCUCGAAUCCCGAAAACGUUACCUCAACCUCAUAUACAUCCCUCUCCCCACCCCAAAACUCAAUCCUAUCCCCAAUAUCACAAACACUGCCCUCCCGCACUAUUUCUAAAUCCACAGACUCAUCGCAUCUCAUCACAGAAACCGUCGGCCGCAUGCUCCAAUGCAUAAGCGUUCUAGCCAGUGUGCAGACAGACGAUGAAGCGCAAGAGAAAAUUGAAGUUCUCAGCAAAGAGCUUAAACAUAACUGGCUUGGCCGGGGCCGAACGGGCCGCGACCGCCGUGGGUUCGUGGGUACCCGGGUCCGGCCCAUGGUUCCGCGCCAGGACAGCAGCGAUAUACAGCCUUGUUUUGUUCCUUCCGAUGUCGAGAGUGUUGAAGGUAGAUGA